AUGCCCAGCAGCCAGCUGAUACCGCAACCGCCAUUCACGAAACAAAACAAUGCAAUCGAUAAUCUCGAGUUGCCACAAAAGGCGCUCCAGGCAACAGAAAGACCCAAGUUCGGGAUCUCAUUGGACAAGCCGGAUCACCGUCCGCCCAGCCUGCGGUCUGCUCUGCACACACCGAUUCCCACGCCAAUAACUGUGUCCUCGCCAAGCGCGCAAGAGCAAGCCGCUUUUUAUCCGGAUUUUCUCAGCCUCGGAAUUAGGGCUGGCCUUCCCGACUUGGAAAGGUUGAUUAUGCUUGUUGCUGCAGGGAUUCGUGACUUGGGUUACAAGAUGCAAAAGAGAGGAAGAAAAGAAAAGAAAAGAAUCGAAUUCAACAAACAAAAGAAAACAAAUAGAAAGUUGCCGUCAACACUCAAGGAGCUCAUCAAGAGAUGCCAUGAUUCAUACUCCCGGCCUUUUCAGUUGGAACAUCGUCCCGCUCCACGAAGGGGACUAUUCUACCACCCACUGGUAAAUACUGCCCAGCAAGUCGUUGCUUUCGAUCAAGCUGUCUGGUUCAACUGCAAGAUACUUACGAAGUGGUUUGCACUUGCCUGCAACCAACUGGAAGAGACGGACCUCGGCUAUUCACAUCUUUUCUUGAGCUGGACGGACUUGGUUCUCCGGUAUUCUAGUCGAAAACUACGAAGCGAAAAGGAUCUGGAGGACUACGAGCGAACUGCAGUGGAAGGCCAUGUCCAUGAUACCAUAGCCGGCCGAGCUAUGCAAAAUACCUGGUGCCCGAGAGAGAUUCUGGCUUGGCGAUGGGAUCGUGUUCGAGCUGUACCUUGGCUACGACCUGGAAACCUACAGCUCCUUCUUCCUAGCCACUUCCUACAUGUACUUCUUUUUCUUGAUCACAUGACACUCACCGUGAGGGGUGUUGUUGAGCUGUUUAAACUUGUGGGACGCGAAGGAGGUGGUCAAUUCCACUAUGCGGUCAAUAAGGAGAGCAACACAUCUUUCUACCGUCACCCAAUCAAAACAUUUGACCUUACCAGCGAGGUGGGGAAAGGAUGA